CGUUAUCGCGUUAUAUAAAUUGGCUUGACUGCUAACUAGCGUUAGCAACACAGUUGACUAUCCUCGAAAGGAUUUCCAAGCAGAAUUAGUUCAUGCUACAAAUUUAUGAUGCAAAAUCGCUGCGCCGUGCCGAACUGUACAAGUGGCAAAUCCGAGCCACAGCCUCUCUUCAGGUUUCCGUAUGACCAAGAAAGGUCUAAGAAGUGGGUGGAGAAGUGCCAGAGGCAGGAUCUCGCAGACAAAUUGCCAGACCAGUUGUACAGAUACUACAGACUGUGUGGGAAACAUUUCGAAACGUCUUCAAUUCUUCGUGACGCUCAGAGCACAGUGUUGAAGGAUGAUGCUGUACCGACUAUCUUUGAUGUGCACAGCCAACCUCAGAAUGGGCAGGUGAAGCGUGGUAAAGAGGCGACCAAAGAUGAUAAAACGGAGAGUAAGGGCAGAAAGAAAAUCAAAAAGUCUCAAGCGGAGACAGCUACGGAAGACGUCCAGGCACCCCCAGAGGAAGACGGGGUCAAAGAGUAUCUCAGGUCAUUAUUUGAGGUCCUCGCGCUGUUGGGAGAGCAAAACAUUCCCCCGACAGGGCCCGCUGAAAAUAAACAGGAUGGUCUUGGGUCCAGCACCUUUCAGGCGCUGUUAGAAUACCGCAUGAAUAGUGGAGAUGAAGUCCUUAAGGUGAAGUUCGAUGAGAAUAAGGAGUGCUGCUCCUCAGCUCAGCUCAAUCAAAUGAUCGAGGUGUUUGAGAAAUGCAUCCACAGUAAGCUGGUGGAGGAAGUCAAACAAAAUGGCUUUUUCUCAUUACUGACUGACGAUUUGGUGCAGAUCUCAGGAGAGUGGUACCUCCCCGUCUUUCUCCGUUACGUGGACCAGGCUAACUGCCAGCAGGAGAGGUUCUUUGGAUUGUUGUCCUUCGAAGGAGACGGAGAGACCUUAGCAGAGAAACUGCUGUCUGAACUGACUGACAAAUGGGGCUUGGCUAUGGAACAGUGUAGAGGUCAAGCCCAUUCCUGCUCUGGGAUACAUCUUAGUAAAAUAAAAACAUUUGCUGCCAAACUGAUUGAGAAGCACCCCAUGGCAGUGCUCGCGUUAAGAUCUACUCACACAUUGAACGUGUCACUUGCAAACGGCAUGGCUUUGUCAGGGGUUCAGCUCGUCAUGUCAACCUUGAAAAAGAUUCAGUCGUUCUUCAGCCAGUCGUCUGUACUGCAGCUGGAGCUGGAGCAUGCCAUUUCCAUUUUCUACGCAGACAAAGAGGAGAAGGCCAAGGAACUGAAAACGACCUGUCAGACCAACUGGAUCAGACGGCAUGAUGCAUUCGAGGUGGCAGUGGAAAUCCUAGAGGCAUUGCUACUCUGUGUGGACAGCAUACAUGACAACGAGGACAUGAGGUGGAACGAUCAAGUCACACACAACGCUUUAGAGAUUUCCAAAGCACUGGCUGAUUUUGAGUUUGUCAUGGCGCUGGUUGUCCUGAAAAACGUUACGACCCUGACACGAGCAUUCGGAGAGAACGUGCAAGGGAACUCAGCCGACGCCUACUUUGCCGCGACCAGUCUGAAAGCUGUGUUGCACUCCCUGCAGGAAGUGUCGGACAACAUCGACGUGUACAACGAGUUCUGGAACGACGAGGCCGUUAACCUAGCCGCAGCGAUGGAGAUCCCUGUGACGGUUCCCCGAUCGUUCUUGAGAAAGCAUCAGUCAGAGCCAGGAGCCGUUCAGCCGGAGAGUUACUACAAGGAGCACCUGUCUGUUCCCGUGGUGAACCAUGUCAUCAAAGAACUGAGCGAACUCUUCUGCGAGGACCACCUGAAGGCUCUGAGAUGUCUGUCACUGAUCCCCGCUGUCAUAGAGCAGCACAAGUCUACCGAACCCGAGGAAGAGAGCAUCCAAGUGUAUAAAAACGACAUCCCUAAUGCGGGAACCCUGUCUGCCGAGCUGCACUGUUGGUGGGUUAAAUAUAGCAAAAAGGGCAAAGGCGAAACCUUUCCCUCCAACCUCCAGGAAACCCUGCAGCUGGCCGACGUGAAGUUCUUCCCAAACAUGCUCGCGGUUCUGAGACUGAUCGGCAUCCUGCCCACCUUGGCUCUGGAGGACAGCUGUGAUGUGGCGUACAAGCGCUUCCAGAUGUACAUGGAGAACACGCCUGACAGAUUCAAAUCGAAAAGUCUCGCCCUUUUGAACGUGAACUAUGAUGUUGGAUACGAUCUGGAUGCAGUAGUGGAGGUCUACAUGAAGACAUACCCUGACAGGGCGGAGGCGUCAUAGUCGGUUGUGAGACGGUAGCUAAGCUGACAGACAGAUGAUCCACAGCUUUGUCAAUGAGUCAUGCGGACUGAGUUAUCUUGAAGGGAUCAACAUCCUCCUUUUUGUUUUGUUUUUUUACUAUAUAGCGUUCAUAUGGAAGUAGCUUCUCCUAUUUUUUUUUUAAUUAAAUGUAGAAUGUAAAUGAAGCAUGAACUGUAGUGCAAAGUAAUAUUGAGUAAUAAAUACCAGAAAUUAAUUUUGUUUUUGCUGUUUGUUCUUGGGUGUUCUUGUUGUGUUUUGGGUAAAGAACUGACUGCUUUAAACUUCCCAGGUUGGAAAUGAGUCCUGAUGCCUCGUAUCUAAGGCCAUUCGUUAUUUACAUUGUUGAAAAUAAGUUGCAAAUUGUUUUGUUUUACGAGAGUGAGUUAAUUAUGUAAGCUACCUUUUUACUCACACCCAAUGCUGUGCUGACAUUUAAACAUAGUAGAAGUGAGACUAAGCUAUAAUUCCUUCCUGAAUAAGUUAAUAAAAAAGGUGGUGUCUUGGUU